UGCGAAGCCCCAGCAUCUAAUUUCAUCCGUGAAGACUCUCAUACACGCCUGCUCAGUGCUAUUGCUGGAAUAAACGUUAUGAGUUAAUGUUGAUGAUGGCCCUGUUUGCUAAAAACAACCUGUUGGAAGUGUUUCUCCAUGAUCCUGUCUCCUGGUAAAUGUUUAUGGGAGAUAUUAUUUCGCCGCUCGGUUGCCAUGGCAGAAGAAAGGGAAGGAGUCUGAGCGAGCGGUGUCAACUUUUAUUCACAUGGCGUUUUUCUCGCUCUUGAACGCAGUCUGCAUGUAAAUGUACCGGAGAUAAACAGCUUCACAUCACAUUCACAGUGAGGAGGAACUCUAGGAGAGUUUGACGACGCGGGACAUCGAGUGCAUAACUGGAGAAGAUCAAAACAACAACGAGGCCACCGAAGAGGCCGUGUCCUUGGGCAAAGCAACACUAAUUUAUAACAUUCUCCUUUGCUUUUGUUUGACAGACAGCCGCCAUCAUUCCGUGCUGCAAGGGCGACCCCAAAAUGUCUUCCAACGGGGAUCUGCAAGACGUUGGGAGCUGGGACAGCUUCUGGGAGCCUGGGAACUACAAGAGGACGGUUAAGCGCAUUGACGAUGGCUACAAGCUAUGCAACGAGCUGGUCAGCUGCUUCCAGGAGCGGGCCAAGAUUGAGAAGGGCUAUUCCCAGCAGCUGGGCGAUUGGGCAAGGAAAUGGAGGGGUGUUGUGGAGAAAGGCUCACAGUAUGGGACUCUGGAAAAGGCCUGGCAUGCUUUCAUGAAUGCGGCUGACAGACUGAGUGAGAUCCAUAUGGAACUAAAAGAGAAACUGGUUGUUGAGGACAGUGAAAAGAUUAGAAACUGGCAGAAGGACGCCUUCCACAAGCAAAUGAUUGGUGGAUUUCGUGAGACCAAAGACGCAGACGAAGGCUUCCGUAAGGCCCAGAAACCCUGGGUCCGAAAACUGAAGGAUGUGGAUUCUACCAAAAAAAGUUACCACCAAACCCGGAAGGAAGAGCGCACGGCAUUGACCCGUGAAACUCAUGCCAAGGCCGACACCACCAAAUCCCAAGAGGAGGUCCGCAAGUUCACAGAUCGCCUGGAGAAAUGCACCCAAGAGGCUGAGAAGGCUAAGGAACGUUACGAGAGAGCCCUGGACGAGCUGAAUCGAUGUAACCCACGUUACAUGGAGGACAUGGAGCAAGUGUUUGAAAUCACCCAGGAGGCUGAAAAGAAGAGGUUGCGCUUUUUUAAAGAAGUUCUUCAGGACAUACACCAGCACAUGGACCUCUCCAACAAUGAUGGAUUCAAAGCCCUGUACCGAGACCUCGGCCAGACCAUCACCGCAGCGAGUGACACGGAGGACCUCAGGUGGUGGAGGAACACCCACGGGCGCAUGAGCAUGAACUGGCCACAGCUCGAGGUAUAGUGCAAAAUGAUGCUU